CGGGAAAAUACAAUUGGACGGCGGGAUAUAAAGUGUAGGCGAGUCUGUAUUUUCUCAGUGUUACUUUCAGACCGAUUAGCAACGAUGCUGGGGCUACUGGCGGUAGUGCUAGCGCUGGCGAGUGUCUCUUCGCCGUCCUUGGCGCAGGACACGGCUCCAGCCUCGGUUCCAGCUGAGGCCGCGGUUUCAGCUCCUGCAGUAGCGGAGGAGGAGGUUCCAGCGGACUCGGCUGCGGCGGAGAACCAGCCCGGCACCGAAGUGGGUGAGACGAAGGACGGAAUCCUGCUCAAGGACACGGACGAGCGGCUCUUCUUCGGCCGUUUCUCGACCACCACGUACACCGGCGUGGCCGUGUCCACCUCGACCGUGUUCUUCUCGUGCCUGCUGGGCACGGCGCCCACUGUGUGCUCGGGCCGCCGCCGCCGGGCCAAGAAGAGCGUCAAGUUUGAGGCUUCCGCCGAUUCCUACGUCGACACGGGGCUCGAGAGCAGCCAAACCCCGGGGGACGUCGGGGAGAAGGACGCGAGCGCCAGCGAGGACAGUUCCAAAAUAUUCGUGAACGUGUGGACCACUUCGAGGACCUCCACCACCGUCACCGUCCUCUACACGAACACGUCCACCACUCUACGAAUCUCGCUGUUCUGCAUAGCGGGAUUCGUGCAGGUCCCCCAGUUCAACUGUGUUAACCCGUAGGCGGAAUGGGUUCGCUUUGAACACGUUCCGCUCAUGAUAUCGUGUGCAGUGCCCCUUAGUAUUUAAGUUCUGAUUGUGUAUACGUGGAGGAGAUUCCAAACAAAUAUAUAUGUAUGCAUUAGCAUA